AUGGACGCCAUGAGCCGAGCCUUACGAAGGGCUGCCUGGUCACCAUUCUCUGAUGAAACUGAACGGGCCCCUAUGCCGAGUCGAUUUACACGACCACCAUUCAAUUCCUACGAUGGGAAAACGGAUCCUGUGGAGCGUGUCAGUCAUUAUAUCCACAUGAUGUCCUUGCAUGCACACAAUAAUGCGCUGAUGUGUAAGGUAUUCCCCUCUAGUCUCGGCUCCACGGCUCUGAGAUGGUUCAAUGGGUUACGAAAAGGUUCCAUUCGCAGUUUCGUCGAGCUGAUCCAAGAGUUCGGCAGUAGAUUCGUGACAUGCAACCGAGUGCCGCAACUGGUGGAUGCACUACUUUCCAUAAAGAUGAAGGUCGGUAAAACCCUUUGGAGUUACGCCAGUCGGUACUGGGAACUAUACAACAAGAUCGGUGGGGGAAAUGAGAAGAUAGCGACAAGCACCUUUAGGAUGGGGCUCCCCGAGGAUUCUAAACUACGGGAGUCGCUGACGAAAAGACCUCCCGAGGAUAUGAGGCAACUUAUGAGGCGCAUUGAGGAGUAUAAGCGUCUGGAAGAUGAUCGGCUGCAGAAUAAGGGAAAGGCCCCAUUACUCGGCAGAUCUCGGCAAGGCAUUAUUCCGGCAAGACCGAAAAAAGAUUUCAGGAUGUAG